AUGAACGAUUCUACACGCCAACACUGCUCUGAAGCCUUAUCGGCAGUUUUCAUUGUGGCUUUAUCUGCUAUCAGCUUGGUGGCUUUAUUUGGAAACUCUCUUGUUGUUAUAACGUUCUUUAAAAACAAAAACCUCAGAACAAGCAGUAAUUAUUACAUAGUGAAUAUGGCAGCCUCCGACGUGCUCUGUUCGUACUGCAACUGGUUGGUAUACUCAACAGAAAGCAUGCUUACCGGUAGAAGAUGGAUCAGUCAUGAUCCGUUGGCUUCUUUUUUGUGCAAAAUUGGGAUGUAUCUCAGAGGAACUUCACAAAUUGUGUCUGUGCUUAGCUUGGUUCUAAUAGCUGUUGAUAGAUAUUUCGCUACUGUCUUUCCAUUAAAGACAACAAUAAUGGAUCAAGAAAGAGUUCGUUUUACUUUUCUAGUUUUAACUUGGAUCAUAGCAGGAGCCUUCUGCUGUCCUGGGAUACGUUACACCAAAGUUGUGCAGAUUGGUAGUGACAGUUUCUGCCGACUGUUCUGGAAUGAAUCAGCCUAUACGAUUUUCCAUUCGAUUGCUAUUGUGGUACUGUACUUUAUUCCACUUGCAAUGAUAUUUUUUCUUUACCAUCGCAUUUUGAGAGCACUAAGACACCGACCGAUUAGUAAAAACGGUUUGCGAGACUUGCGAAACAUCAGUUUUAGACAGCAUCGGCAAGUCAUAAAAAUGCUCAUCUCGAUUGUUAUCGCUUUCUUUUUCUGUUGGACUCCGCUUUGUAUUUACUUUGCUCUGAAAAUGUUUCAGCGAAACCUAUUCCUGGAAGACAAAUGCCAUAUCAUAGUAGUUUUGUUCUUCUACGUUUUUCCAUCUCUUAGCACCGCAUUUAAUCCUUUGAUUCUUUUCUUGUUUAGCACAAAUUAUCGACAGGCGUUGUCGAAUCUACGUAGUAAAUUAUUUUUUGUCGGGAAUAGAAGGAUUUCUCAGUCGCACGUUACUGCACUAGAACUCUAGUUCAGAUGACGGAGAUCAACUAAAUCAUGGUCAUAUAAAUCCGACAUUGCAGUGAUACAAACUUAAAUUUGACUUUUGUUGGCCUCUUGAUUGGAAAAAAAACUGAUCUCACAGACAGCAGUCACACAGACGAGGAUUUCCCUAAGACAGAUCGUCUUACUAGUGGAGCUUGAAUGAAGAGCAAUUCAACCAGUGGAUACCACUUGGAACGGCACCAAGUGUCCUUCGUCAUCGCCUCAAGAUAUGAUGCUCCGGAAAUAUCGACUUUCUUUUUAACUUAAUUAAUGAAAGGCUUUUCUGUCACGAAAUUUAAGCGAGAAACAGCUCGUGGACUGGCAAAACUGAAUCGCUUAAACCUCAGACGCACAAAGAGGGUGGAUGACAGCCCCUCUGAGGUUUUUCUGUGUUUAUUCCUAGAAGAAACAUCAGCACUUGACGUUUUCAGCAGCUGUUCGUUUAUACGUUGCGCGCAUUUCAGACAUGUUUAGUGAUGAUUAG